GUUCUGCUGUUCGAUCCUUUUUUUUGUUUCCUGGCUCCUGCACUCAAGGCGAGAGCGAAAUAUAUUUUUCCGUUAAAGUUGUACUUGCGGUCGUAUCAGUUUUUUGCGGCACCACCGUUAAUCCGACCCCUUGUUGAGGAUUUUUGACCGAUAUCGUGCUGAACGAGAUUUAAUUGACUCGGUGACGGACAGACACGUGAAUUGAGCUUCGAAAAUGAGUGACGUUGAGGACAGUAGCUGGAGUUCAAAAUCCAGUUCCAUCUCUCCCAGCCGAAUCCGUAGCACAUCGCCGAGCGAUUACAACUCUCGCAGUCGAUCACACACUCACUCGAAGACUCGUUCUAGAUCGCUUUCUCAGCUACUCAGCUGCAACGGCAUCGAAUAUAAGAGCAACUCGAGAUAUUCGUACUCAAGGUCCCGUUCGUAUUCUGGAGAUCGUCGACACAGUUACCGAAGCCACUCUCGAGGCUCAGGCUCGAGACACAGCAGACAUGAAAACCCCAAACCUAACAAAUGUCUGGGAAUAUUCGGCCUAAGUGUGUACACUACAGAACCUAAGCUCUAUGACAUACUUGUAAAAUAUGGUAACAUCGACAAAAUCCUUAUUAUUAUGGAUGCUAAAACUGGAAGGUCUCGCGGUUUUGGUUUUGCCUAUUUCAAAAAGCAUGAAGAUGCUAAGGUAGCUAGAGAAGAAUGCUCUGGCAUGGAAAUUGACGGCCGCAGAAUUCGAGUAGAUUUUUCACUUACCCAACGCCCUCAUAAACCAACACCUGGCAUUUAUAUGGGCAGACCAACAGAACGUUAUGAUAGAUAUAACAGAGAUAGAGAUUAUGAUGAUCACUAUGAGGGUGGAUACAGAGGUGGUGGUGGUGGUGGAGGAGGAGGCCACUAUAGAGAACACAGAUCACGUUACGAUAGGUCACGUUCACGUUCUUAUUCUCCACGUCGUAAUUAAACCUAAAUGAGCUGGAAUAUCAUGAACGCAGGAAUGUCUUGUGAAGAAAUAGAAUAUACAUAGUUUUUUUAUUGCUCAAUUUUUUUUCAAACACAAAAUUAAUUUUAAUGUGAAGCAUU